UUCCAAGACAAGAGCCAGCAGGAAACCAGAAGAAAGCACUCCUCUGAGUAAACAUGCCUUCCCAGCUCCGUGUGGCCGUCUUGGCAGCCUUCCUGCUCUCUGCAGUGCUGUGCGAGGGUAUGGUCGUGACAAAGUUGGUCUCGGAGCUGCGAUGCCAGUGUAUUAAGAUUCACACCACACCUUUCCACCCCAAAUUUAUCAAAGAACUGAAAGUGAUUGAGAGUGGACCACGUUGUGCCAACUCAGAAAUCAUUGUGAAACUCAGUGACAAUCGACAGCUCUGCCUCGAUCCCAAGAAGAAGUGGGUGCAGGACGUGGUGAGCAUGUUCUUGAAGAGGACUGAGAGCCAAGAUUCUUGAAAAAGAGUGCAUUCCCCAUGACCACCAAGAAACUCUCAAUGAAGAGACCCCUGAAAGUCAAACAAAUCUACUUCAGUCCUUCUUGCAUUGUGUGGAUGUGUUGUGAGGCUGCCAGGUAGAACACUGGAUGCCCAGUUGAAUUUUAAUUUCAUAAAUCAAUGAGUAGCUUUUUUCACUGUAUCAUGCAAUAUCUGGGGCAUACAUACAUUAAAAGUUAUUUAUUUGAACCUAGGACAAACAAAAAGUCUUGUUUUAAAUACAAGGACAUUUUAGAUAUUGCAUGGGAAAUUAAUUGCAAAGAGCAAAAUUAAGAUCAAGGGCUAAGAGAGUAAAAGGAUUUCUACUUCAGGAAUUGGCUUGCUACAAAUGUGGCAUUUCAAACAUUAGAUGAUAGGGUAGCAAUGUUUACCAAAAAUGUAAAUUUAGCUGGAAAAUCCUAACUAUUCUGAGUUAAAUCUGCCACCCUACUUCUGCGGGCCAGGACCAUGAUUCCCUGCCCAUCUGCACCUUGGAUUCCCCUUUAUUCCUUACCUCACAAGAAAAAGCCACCACCUUCCUUCCUCCCCAGAAUGUCAUGGGGACAUACGGAAGCACUUUAAGUUUUUGCAUGAUCACGUAAAUUAUCUUCCAGAGUAACUAUUCAUUUAUUUAUUAUUUAUGUAUUUAUUUAUGCAUCAAAUGUUGUAAUAUUUCUGUGUGAAGUUGCAGAAAUGGAGGAGGAAGAAGCACAUUUGAUAGUGUAGUGGGAUGUUACAGUAAAUUAAUAUUUAUUUUAGAUGUUGAAUAGUAUAUUCAAGAACUUUUGAUCAGGCUAUCCAGAUUUAGCAAAAAAAUGAUAAUAAAUACAAGUAAAAGGACAACUAGUUAAAUUUUAUUUUAAUUUACAAAUAAUAUCUUAGUGUAUGUUGCUUGUCUGAAAUUUUGUUGUGCUGACAAUCAGUUUUGAUAUCCCUGCAUUUUUUAAGAUGACUGUAUGUUUUCCCAAAGAUAUUCUGUACUGCUUUUGAUACUAUGGAAAUGAAAAUGUAAAUACAACAUGUUUAAAAUAUAAUUUUCUUCCAAAGUCA